AUGUCCCGUCAGGUCAUCUCCAAGCCGACUAUGGGACCGGCUCGCCGCACCCGCGCUCAAAGCCAGGCUCUUAUUAACAGUGCCGGUGCUACAGCUGCCGUCAGCAAGAUGACUGGCAUUGCUGUGCCCAACCUCAACGGGUCGAACACCUCGACCACCGAGCCCCAGGCUGAGAAGGUCAAGAAGGCCGCGAAGGGCAAAAAGGUCCAGAAGCCGAAGCCUCGCUUCGACACCUUUCACCCGUUCCCCCGUCUCCCCAAUGAGAUAAAGGCCAUGAUUCUGUGCGAGUACAUCGACUUCGGGCCUGCCAUCAUCUACGCUCACUGUAAGGCGAACAAGAACGUCCCGGGCCUCAUCGACAUCAACACCGGCUCCGACGGUAAGUGGUCGAAGUAUAAAUACAUCGCCGGGCUCGCCAAGGGCAUCCCCGACUUUAAAGCCUACGUCGAGCGCCAGAUUGGCGUCUCCUUCAAGGACUUGUCCUACCGCCCCGAGGAAGGCGUCCGCAAGGAUAAGGAUCUCAUGGUUCUUUCCUUCAACGACAAAUCGGGCCGUCACCUCGACUGGUACAGCGAUUACCAGCGGAAGCUUAACCGCGAGCUUUUCAUGCCCGGCAUUGAGAACAUUGGCAUCAUGUACGAUCCGACCCGCCUUCGCGGUCUGUGUUCAGACUCUGGAUUCCCUGGAAUUCACUUCCCGGCCUCUUAUGAUCUCAGCAUGCUUGUCAACAAUCUCCGUGACAUGAAGAACUUCUACCUUCUCGUCAAGUUGCGCGGCGGCAGUCAGACUGAGCAGAAGAAGUGGAUGAAGAAGCGGCUUAGCAUUGCGAAGCGUUGCAACAACAAUUUCGUGGUCUUCGAAGACAAGCAGAGAACUUGGGUGGAAAUCUCUCGGAAGACCGUCAAACACCAGGCGUAUAGCUCUGUUCUGGGAGACGCAGGCAAACUCCUCAGAAAAACCGAGCGGUACUACCUUUCAGCCAGCAGACUGUUGGGUGGACCCCCCAACGUCCAAUUCCGCAUCCUGGUGGCGUCGCAUUUCCUGAACAAGAAGCUGGGAAUUUGA